CUCUCUCCCCUAUCUCUCACUAGAAAGUACACUCCCCCACUUACAUUUCAUCCUCAUUUAUUCUCUAAAGUUUCCUUCUUUUGAUAUUUUUGCAAGAUCUCUCCUUUCUUCAAAAGGAAAAGAAACUCAGAAAUCAAAGUUUCUUGAUUCGUUUCGUGAAUCAGAUAUAUUUUCAUGUCUCUCACUGGAGGAAGAUAAAGGAAGUAUGGAAACAGAAAAUGAAGAUAAGGAAGAAGAUGAAGCUCACGAGGAAAAUGUUAUUCCUCGGAGGGUUUUGCCUAGAGAAUCAAAGAUAAACCAUAGAUAUCUGAAAGAUAAAGCAGGUCAGAAGGCUCAGGAAGUUGAUCCGGGUAUUCUGAAUAAGAAGAAAAACCGACGCCAAUAAUAUGUCUAGUUUUUACUGGAAUAUUAGGGGUUUCAAUAAGCAUACUAAGCAUAUGGUGGUUCAAGAGUGGGUGAAGAAAAGGGGUUUUCAGUUUGGUUGUUUGAUAGAGACAAGAGUGAAGGAGAAUAAAGUGAAGAAGAUUUUGGAGAAGGUGUUUCCUGAUUGGUCAUAUAUUGCUAACUAUGAGCAUAAUAGGUUGGGAAGACUAUGGAUAGUAUGGAAUCCAAAGGUGCGGGUUACUCCCUGUUUUCAGAGUGCACAACUUGUUACUUGUUCGGUUCUGUUAGAGGGGAUGAAGGACGAAAUUUUCUGUUCGUUUGUCUAUGGUUACAAUUUGGCUGAAGAAAGAAAAGAUUUAUGGAAGGAUCUAAAGGAUCAUCAAGACUCUCCUAUAAUAAAGAAGUUUCCUUGGAUUGUGCAAGGAGAUUUCAAUGAGAUUCUUAGUGGGGUGGAGCAUUCGGUUAUUGAUUCGUCUCAGGAUUAUUCGGGUAUGAGGGAGUUUCAAGAGGUAGUCCAGUACUGUUCGCUGAUUGAUAUGUCUUAUCAGGGUCCUCGGUUCACUUGGAGCAAUAGAAGAGAUAAUGGGAUUAUUUGCAAGAAGUUGGAUCGUACGCUUAUUAAUGAAGAAUGGAUGAGAAGGUUUCCUCAAUCUUAUUGUGUGUUUGAUGCAGGAGGCUGCUCAGAUCAUCAGCGGUGCAGGGUGGUUAUUAAAUCUGAGUUGAUGAAGCCGCGUAAACCGUUUAAAUUUGUAAAUGCGCUUGUGGACAUGCCUGAUUUCAUCACAGUAGUAGAAGGUUUUUGGUCAGGAACUGAUGUUCUGUUCAAUUCUACUUCUGCUCUUUUCAGAUUGUCAAAGAAAUUGAAGGCUUUAAAACCAAUCUUAAAGCAGCUUAGUAAAGAGAAAGUCGGGGAGAUAGUAAAGAAGACGAAGGAGGCUUACAAAAAUCUUUGUGAAGCUCAGAAUAGGACAUUGGAGAAUCCUACUCAAAAUAAUAUUGAAGUGGAGUCGAUUGCUUAUGGAAGAUGGAUAUUUCUAUCUACUAUAGAAGAGAAGGUGAUUAGCCAAAGGGCAAAAGUUCAUUGGCUUGAAGUUGGUGAUGGGAAUAAUAAGAGUUUUCAUAGAGCUGCUAAAGUAAGAGAAAUCAGGAAUUCUAUAAGAGAGAUUAAGAGAUUAGACGGCUCAGUAGCAGAAACUCAAGAGGAUAUUAAAAAAGAGGCAGUGGAUCAUUUCUAUAGUUUCUUAACUCAUAAUCCUACUGAGUUUACGGGAGUGGAUGUAGAGGAGUUGAAGCUUCUACUUUCUUUCGAGUGUUCUGAAGGAGAUAGAAGCAUGCUGAUCAAAGAAGUCACUACUGAAGAGGUGAGAAAGGUUUUGUUCUCUAUGGCAGCUGAUAAGUCCCCAGGACCCGACGGAUUCACUAGUGAAUUCUUUAAAGCUACUUGGGCUAUAACAGGAGGGGAUUUCGUAGUUGCAGUGAAAUCUUUUUUUGAUAAGGGGUUUCUUCCUAAGGGUAUAAAUUCUACUAUUUUGGCGCUAAUCCCAAAGAAGAAUAAUGCAAGUUAUAUGAAGGACUAUCGCCCCAUCUCAUGCUGUAAUGUUAUCUACAAGGUAAUUUCGAAGCUUCUUGCAAAUCGUAUGAAGGGUAUUCUGCCUCUCUUCAUAUCUUUAAGUCAGUCAGCCUUUGUUAAAGAUAGACUCCUCAUGGAGAAUGUUCUUUUAGCUUCAGAACUAGUGAAAAAUUAUCACAAGGAUUCAGUGACAGAGAGAUGCGCAAUGAAGAUUGAUAUAUCAAAGGCCUUCGACUCAGUGCAGUGGUCUUUCUUAUUGUCUGUUCUUGCGGCUUUGAAGUUUCCAGAGAAAUUUAUCUUGUGGAUAAAGAAGUGUAUUGAACUUGCAUCUUUCUCUAUUCAGGUAAAUGGGGAGUUAGCAGGUUAUUUUAACAGUAAAAGGGGUUUGCGUCAAGGUUGUGCUCUGUCUCCGUACCUGUUUGUUAUCAGUAUGCAUGUGUUGUCGAAACUCCUUGAUAAAGCUGCAACUGAGAAGCGGAUUGGUUUCCACCCGUACUGCAAGGAUUUGAACUUGACUCACAUUUGUUUUGCUGAUGAUGUUCUGGUUUUUUCUGAUGGUAAGAAGAGUUCCAUAGAAGGUAUUCUGGCAGUUUUUAAAGACUUUGAGAAGAAGUCGGGUCUUAACAUAAGUAUGGAGAAAUCAACUUUGUAUUUGGCGGGAGUGAAGGAGGAUGAUACAGUAGCUAUUUUGGAUCAGUUCCCGUUCGACAAAGGUAUGCUCCCAGUUAGAUACCUUGGACUUCCUCUUCUAACUAAGAGAAUGAAUGUGCAUGACUAUAGCCCUCUCAUCUCUCGGAUUCGUUCUCGUAUUUCUUCAUGGACUGCGAGGCAUCUUACAUUUGCUGGUAGGCUUCAAUUAAUUGGAUCUGUGCUUUAUAGUAUCACCAAUUUUUGGAUGUCAGCAUAUAGGUUGCCAAACCAGUGUAUUCAAGAAAUAAAUAGUAUAUGUGCUGCUUUCUUGUGGUCUGGGCCAGUUUUAUCUACGCACAAAGCAAAGGUUUCUUGGAGUGAUGUUUGCAGACCAAAGGAUGAGGGAGGGCUUGGGCUAAAAAACUUGACUGAAGCGAACAGAGUCUCUUGUCUAAAGCUAAUAUGGCGCAUUCUGAAUGCAAGAUCCUCUUUGUGGGUCAAAUGGAUUUGGAAAUAUCUCAUCAGGAAGGGGUCGUUUUGGAGUAUAAGAGAAGAGAGUAUGUUGGGAUCUUGGAUGUGGAGGAAGCUGGUGAAACUAAGACCUAUGGCAAUGCAGUUAACCAGAAAGGAGAUAAAUAGUGGUGCUAAUACUUCCUUCUGGUAUGAUAAUUGGUCUAAUCUAGGACCUUUAAUCGAGUUUAUUGGUGAAAGAGGAAGUAUGGACUUGGGUAUUCCAAAGAAUGCUACAGUGGAGCACGCAAUUCAAAUUUACAGAACCAGAGGUCAUAGGGUCUACUCUUUGAGGAUGAUAGGUCAGGAGAUAUUGACACUAAAGAGUAGGGGGCUUAAUCAGUUUGAUGAUGAAUGUCUGUGGAUGAGGGAAAAUGGGGAAUUUAAGCCUGGUUUUCUUACAGCUCAGACGUGGAACAUCACGAGAAGGAAAGACCCGAAAGUUGCUUGGUUUAAAGGAGUUUGGUUCGCGGAAGGUACUCCUAAGUUCUCUUUUAUUGUCUGGUUGGCUGUUCAAAAUAGGCUAGCAACAGGAGAUAGGAUUCUCAGAUGGAAUGCUCAGGCCAUUUCUACUUGCUGGCUAUGUCAAUCAGAAAUAGAAACGAGAGAUCAUCUGUUUUUUGAUUGUGCAUAUUCUAAGGAAGUGUGGAAGGGCACAGUGAAGAAUAUGGCGGGGCUAGGGGACAUCCAUCAAUGGAGCAGAGUUCUUCAAGCAGUUACUAAUGGUUGCCAAGGGAAAGAAUUGACGUUUCUGAUGAGAUACAGUUUUCAGAUGGUGGUUUAUGCUAUAUGGCAUGAGAGGAAUAUUCGAAGAGUAGGGGAGCCUUCUCAGCAUGCGGUUUGUCUUAUUUCUAGAUUGGACAAGAUGAUGAGAAACAAAAUUACAUCUCUUAGGAAGAAAGUGGGGAGGAAGCAUGAUAAAACAAUGCAGAUUUGGUUUGGUAGGAGUGUUUGAAGUUGGGGAAGCAUUUUUGGAGUGGUUUUUUUCAAAAAUUUAUCUCCUUGCCAUGAAUUUUCUUACUCUUUUUCCCACAUUAGAGUUUUGUCCCAUUUGGGUUUUCUCUAAUGGGGUUUUAAUGAGGAGAAUUUUCAUGGUAUUUCCAAACUUGAUUUCUUUUGAUCAAGUUUGAGGGAGAUUGGGUUUAUUCUUCUUUGGUUGUAUAUCUUCUUUCUAUCUAAGUUUGUUUUCUAUUGUAGUUGUUUUAAAAAUUUGCUGCACUUGAUGUAACAAUGUUUUUUUGUUUGAAUAAAAUUUAAAAUUCUUUCAAAAAAAAAAAAAAGAUUAGCUAACAGUUGCUACUGUAGUUACAGUAUCCUCUUCAAACUUUACAUAAACUCGGAGGUGAGACUUUCUAUAUUAGUUGAU